AUGAACUUCACGAGAGCUGAGUCCCUCACUACUGGUAUCGGGGCUGAUGGUCGUAUAGUCUCCCAGAGCAAGGAUAUUAGAUCCAAAGAGGAUGCCCAACGACAACGGAUGCGAGACUCUCGACCAGAGUUCCGGCGGGAAUUAGGUGGUAUGGCCGAGAAUGUCGAGAGCUCUCUUGAAGCCACUGCCAUAGAGGAGGCAGCUGCCAGAGCCGCGCUAGACCCUGAUCAAGUGUCUGGUCAUGAUCCUAUGCCCAAGUUCAAUGAGGAUGACUUUGAUGUUAUGGCGAAGGAACGGAGGGCUGCUAAGAGAGUGAGGGUGGAGGAUGAGCAGGAGUAUACAGCGGCUCUGGCUAGGCAGAAGGCAGCUCGAGGGAAGUCGAAACAGGAAGCCCUCGAGAUGGCCGUAUUGGGUAUGGCCUCAUCACCGUCCAACAAGGAGGACACGGCCCUACUUUGUAUGCUCCUUCUAUCGGGUCUGCCCUUCUUCGAGCGCCUUGCUGAGGGAGUGUCUCGUAUCACAGUGAAGAUAGGAAGGAUCGAGUUUGGUUGUCUCAACUUGUUCGCUGGAAUAUCGGCGUUCUUCCUAAUCUCCGAGAUCAUGAAGCUGCAGGACGCAGCUGCAAGGCAGGAGGAUUUCCCCUCAGUGGAACUCUCUGAUAAGUUUAAACUACAGAGUGACAUUGACAGGUGGCGUCAUGAGCGUAACUAUUGGAUAUCCCUCUUCGUCCUCACGUUGUGGGUGGUGGCAGCGAGACUCACUACUCUCAUCCGCCGACACCGACUCAAUAAGAAGAACUGA